ACUGAUGUUUUCUUUUGAACAUGCGUUUUGAUAAACACGAGUGUUAUUUUCCAAGAUCUGAAUAAAACUAAAUUGUAAACACCAUGGCGAAAUCUAUACGCAGUAAAUGGAAGCGAAAAUGCCGUGCGAUCAAACGCGAACGUUACGCAGUGAAAGAAUUAGCCAGAUUGAAGAAAAUGCUUGGUGUUAAGGAGGAAGAAAAAGUUACAGAAAAUGAGGUUAUGGAAUCUGACCAAGUAAUAUAUUUCGAUGCUGCCCAGUUGAAAAAAGACAAAAAGAAGAAAAAUAAAAAGGAACAGGAACCCGAGGAAGACCCAGACGUCGAAAUGAGUUCGGAUGACGAAAAAGUUGAGGUUGCCGAUGAAAAAGGAGAAAAACGAGUUUUCAGCACAAAAACAUUGAAAGAUCAAAACGGACAGUACCCAGUGUGGCUACAUAAGAGAAAAAUCGCGAAAUUAACGAACAGCAAGAAAAAAUUGAAAAGGAAAACAAAGAAGCGUAAAUAAAUAAAUGAUAGUUUUAGAAA